CCCGGCGGCCCCCUCCCUCUUUCCUUCCUCCCUCCCUCCCUCCCCUCCCGGUCGCUGUUUGUUUGCCUACCUGCGAUCUGUUGGAAAAGGGGGGCGAGGCGAGGCGAGGCUGUCGGGCGCCUCGGAAAAUGGAGUUGAAUUCUCUCUUCAUGCUUCUGGAAGCUGCGGAAUAUCUGGAAAGGCGCGAGAGAGAAGCAGAGCAUGGCUAUGCCUCCGUGUUGCCUUUCGACAGUGGCUGUAGCAGAAGCAAAGCGAAGGCCAGGAAGCCCCAGAAUAACCGGUCCUCACAUAAUGAAUUAGAAAAGCAUAGACGGGCUAAACUCCGGCUAUAUUUAGAAGAGUUAAAACAGCUUGUUCCUUUGGGAGCAGAUAGCACUAGACACACCACACUCAGCCUGCUGAAAAGAGCCAAGAUGCAUAUUAAGAAAUUGGAAGAACAAGACCGAAAAGCUUUAAAUAUUAAAGAACAAUUACAGCGAGAACAUCGGUACCUCAAACGUAGAUUGGAACAACUCUCUAUGCAGAGUCUGGAACGAAUUCGAACAGACAGCCUGGGAUCAACAAUAUCCACAGAUUCUGAGCAAGAGGUAGACAUUGAAGGAAUUGAAUUCACACCAGCUGAAAUGGACAGUAGCAGAUGUGCCAGUGAUGCUGAAGACAGUUUGCAAGGCAGCUCAAGCGACAGUGGCUAUACACAUUCCUGCAGACUAAACACCAGACUUCUGUAGUGUCUGAAUGAACUGCUCAACUCAGGACCAUCUGAAUGAAGCACUUACACACAAAAUUCCAGAGUUGUUGACUGCCACUCUUCCAGAAAACCUCAACCUCAAUACUCUGAAAAGAGACCUCUUGACCAGGAUUCUCUGAACAAUAAUUAGCAUAUUAAAUUAGAAAUGAUACCCCCCCCCCACGCACGAUUAUUUUAGAUACAGUUGUGGUUUAAAUUUACUUCAUGUAGCCAUUGUACAAACUGUUAAUUGUUGGGGGUAAGGUGCCUUUUAAAAAGUCUAUCCAAGGAGUAUAAAAGUUAAACUUUUGAAUAAAAUGAUAACUUGGGAUUCACCACCACCACCAUAAACUGUUUUAGAAUACAGAUUGUAAAGGCAGCAUUGUAGACAUCUACACACACAGAUAGAGGUUGGCCUUUGCUGUCUAAAAAGUGGUUUGUCUCUGGUGAUGGAAACUGCUGCAGCCAAAACAGCAAAUAAAUCCCUAUUUGUGCACAUGGGUUGCUGGUGAUCACUCUCACCUUCUUUCGAUUCUGGCCAUAAUGGACUAAGGGAAAUUAUGCACCUUUUUAGAAGUACAUUAUCAUAAAAAUAGCUAGCAAAAAUUGCUAAAGUACAAGUUCUUUUAACAUGUUUGAGACAAAAACUAUAAAAUGUGUAUGUCUUUGAUAAUAACAAGUUUACUAUUUUUAAAAAAGAAGGGUGAAAGCUGGUUCUAAUAAUUACUUAAUGUGCAAUGAUCCCAUCCUUCUAUGUUUUUAGUGACUAAUUCCAGAAAAAUAGUCAAGUGAGCUUGCAAAAUCAAAACACCCCUGCCCCCCCCCCCCCCCGCUGUGCUACCUUGGAGUCAGACUUGCUGUGGCAUGAAAUUUAUGCACAAUUUUCUCCAAUUUGAUGUUUUCAGCAAUUCUUACAUAUUACUACUUUGAUUCUCUAGCUUACUAUUUAGCACCCAGCCCACAAGAUUUUUUUUUUUGUAUUUUCAUUUAUACUCCCCACUAUCUCAGAACACCUAAUGAAUCUAUUGAAGGCUUCCUUGUACUACAAGAAACUAGUGAGUUCCUAAGGAAUCACACUUCAAUGGAAGAGAGCCACGUGUGUGCAGCUGAUGCACAUAUUUUGUGAUUUUUACCCGAUUCCUAUUGAAUGAUGGAUGCAUCACAUGUAGACGGGUUCUCAGUCUCAAUCAUGGUUGUUUAGUGACACACAACUAAACAUGGACAAAUUGGGUUGGGAACCCCAUAAACUCCACACACACACACACACACACACUCUACUUCUUGUUAAUGUUCAUCAGCCUUCAUGUUAAUAAGAAACUGUCAGUUGAUGCACUUCUUCUCAUGGAGUAGAUUAUUUAGGAAAUAUUUCAGGUAUUUUUAACUUGUUGGUUGUUUUAUGAUGGUUUUAAUUUUUGUGAACCGCCCAGAGAGCUUCGGCUAUUGGGCGGUAUAAAAAUGUAAUAAAUAAAUAAAUAAAUAAAUAAAGGUUUUUUAUUGGAGGAUUCAGAGUUCAUACGACCCACAGUUGGAUAAUUAAAACUUUGUUUAGAAGAAAAUGAACAAAAUCGUUUGCUCAAAUUUUAUCUUGUAUUCCUAUCUACAGCUGCCAACACACUUAAAUGGAAGGCAUGGCUUUAAAUUUCAAUCUUCAUACUAUAUGUUUUUAUUUUGUAUACUAUAGUUGCAAUUUCAAUUUCUUACAAAAUGUAAAAUUGCAUCAUUUAUUUAGCACUCAUCAGGAUGUUUAGAGUUACCCCAAUUGUAGCAAUACUACAAAGGUAUAUUUGAAUACAUUUUAAGCUUAGUGAAGUCAUUAGAGUUUCGCUUGCUGAUAAUUAAAAAUGGACCAAUCUUUGCAUUAACACUUUAAAGGUCUUUUUUUAAAAAAGUGAUAAAAAGCUAUGUACUCAAGUGGUGUAUUUCCUGUUAAUAUAUUUCGUAUAAAAUGUUCUGUAUUAUAUUUUCCCUUACUCUUUUCAUUUACUUAUAUAGAGAAAGGGAAUGGUAUAAACCCAGACCAGAGUCUCAGGGACUCUUUACCUUAGUCAUAUUGUGCCUUGGUGACUCUUUUCUGUGCUCCUCUUUCUUUCCUUGUUCAAAGACCCAUGUUUCACUAUUUCAGAAGCCCCAAUUGGAAUGCUUGAGUGUGUCAUCUUGCCUCAGGAAGCACUGUGAGGUAGGUGUGUGUGUGUGUGUGUGUGUGUGUUUGUUUUGUUUAAGGGUAGGGGAACUAAUUGUUCUCAUGCCCAAUAAUUUAACUACACUUUUUUCAGAUGCAUGCAAGGAUCUUUUCUGCUCGUGGAGCCCCUAUUCAUUUGAGUGGAGGAGGCAUGCAAUCCAUGCACUAAAAGAAGUGUGCAUGAAAAUGACUCCAUUGAAAUUAAUGGGGGACCUGCUCCAGGCAGGCUUUAUACAGCUGUUGAGCCUACUGUGCUUGGAGUAGAUUGCAGGAUCACGACAGUGCCAUCUGCUACUGAAAUCCCAAGAUUCAGAUUAUGUUUUAGCAUUGAACAAUUUUAAUCUAAACUAAAAAUUUACAACAUGCUGAUGAGACGGAUGAAACAAACAUGUUGUUGCUUUCUUAAUACUCAGCAUAUUUGUUUUCCCUUUGGUGCUCAUAAUAUUGAAAAUAAAUGUUGAAUACAUUUUAGACAGCUUACAGGCCUUGUUGGUUUGUUUCCCAGUAACCUGGAACGUGCCAGCUUGGCCCUUUGUGUUUUAGAAUAAUGGUUUAUAUUUGUAGCCAACCCUCCUUUACCCAAGGUUAUAAAUACUGGUAGCUGAAUUUGAAAUUCAUGAACCUCUGUCUUGCUGUUUUGGUAUGUUAUACACAUUGCAUAUUUCUACAGUGCUCAUUGGGAAAGAGAUACAAAGCAAUAUAACCAGUGCAUGUAGCUGGUAAGCAGCAUUAAUUACGAACACCUUUAAUUUCCAAAUCAUGAUUUUGUUUUAGAAGUUUUAUUUUAACGUCUGUUAACCUGGGCGGGGGCGCAGGGAGUGGCUAGUUAAGUUGUUGCUUUCCUUUUACAAUAUAAUGAAUUUACUCGUGGUUGUAAAUUGUUUGCUUUCAUGAAAGGCACUUCUUGCACAGAACCUUUCAAGCAGAGAGAAUGGGAAAGAGACUUCAUCAUAAACAUUGUUGACCUUAUGCCACUCUAAUGUUUAAAAAUGAAUGUGUACAGUUUAAUGAACUUCCGUGCUGGAUUUCAGUGGCUUUGUAGAUCUUUUAUAUUUUCAAUAAAGAUUACUCCCAAUAUUCUGAA